CAGUUUUGACUUUUGAUUUUGACUUUGGUUUUGUGUUGAAGGAAAGUUUUCGAUCACAGAGUGCAUGAGCUGAGCUUACUUACUCUUGAUACACUGCUAGUCUAGUAAGCCAUUUGCAAACAAUGGAGGGCAUGAAGGCGCCUCCAUCUGAGAGCGAGGAUGAUGAGUUCUUCUCUGCUGGUGAAUCGGAUUCGGAGGAGUCGAAAGUUACAGCAACAGAAAGUGAGAUGACAUCAGCUAGCGCUACUGCUGCUUCAGCAAGAAGCACUGAAGAAUCUGAUUGCGAAAGCGAUGGAUUGCCGGAAUGGGAAAGAGUGGAAAGGGCGUCGGCUUUGAAAGAAGAGGGCAAUGACCACUUCAGAACUGGAGCGGCCGAGGCUGCAGUCUUACAAUACAGGGCUGGGUUGAGAAUAUGCCCCAAAUCAGAGGGUGAACUUCGUGCGGCUCUGUACGGAAAUAUGGCUGCCGCCUACGUGAAGCAGGAUGACCAUGAAAGAGCAGUUGAAUGCUGUGAUAAAGCCGUCAAGUACAAAGAGCAUUAUGUCAAAGUCUACAUGAGGCGAGCAGCAUCUCAUGAAAAGCUUGACAAUCUGGAGAAAGCUCUGGCUGAUUACAAAACAGUUCUGGAGUUGGACCCUCGCAAUGGUGUUGCCAUUGACGGAGUGCAGCGGUUACCACCUCUGAUUCAUGAGCAGCAGGAGAAAAUGAAGGCUGAAAUGAUGUCCAAACUCAAAGACCUCGGGAAUGCAGUGCUCAAGCCGUUCGGCCUCUCUACAACCAACUUCCAAUUCAACCAAGAUCCAAAGACAGGCGGCUAUAGUGUAAACUUUCAAAGAUAGCACCGUGGAAACAUCAAAGUCCGCAAGCGUCCUCUAGCAAGAAAUGGAGAAAGACACAGACGCACACGUGUGCAUGCGCACAGACAAGCGGAAAUAGAGGUCAUGGCCUUUCUUCAGGAUUUCAUGCUGAUGGAGAUGGUGAAUUGUGUAAAGAAAUGUAACCUACUACUUGUACAAUAGCCAGCAGAAGCCCAGUGUGGCGGCAGCAAGAUACUAGUAUAGUGUCAAUCCUGGCAAACACGUUGUCCUCAUGAUUUCGUACUACAAACUACCUAUUCUGUUUAUAUCUACUUUUACUCGGGCCAACAUAGCAAACACAACUAAGUUUGUUUUUAUAUUCCUUUCCAAAAUACAUGUGCCAUGAUUUUAAUUCGUUUCCAUGAAACUUCUAACAUAUGAUGGCAUGCAAACUUCACCCACAUGAAAAAUACUUUUUUAAAGCUUAAAAAGUGCAAAUGACAGUACUUUCUCCAUCAAAAGCAUACUAGGUCACCAUUUUAUACUCAAUCCUGAAAGGUUCUUUUCAAUGA